UAUUGACGCAAAGAAAAAAAAUCGCGAGUCGUUUAUGUAUUGUCUGUAAAUAAUCAAAACAAAAAGUAUAUUGGUUUUUAUUUUCAGGGAUUUAUUUUCUUUCAAUUUUAUCGUGUUUCAUAUUUAAUAACAAUCUAUGUACAGAUAUUUAUUAUAAAUUCUGUAAGUUAUGCCAGUCGGUCGGAAACGUUGGAAUCUACAUGAUGGACCACAAGGUUCCCUGAGGCGGUUGCGCAACCAAUUGGCCGAGGAUGGCUGUGCCGAAUCACAAGUGGUCCUCGCUAAACAACUUUUGGAAGAGAAAUGUGAGUUAGAAGCAGACAAAAUCUCUAACUUCAAACAAGCCCUGGAAUGGCUCAUCUGUGCUACUGAACAGGCGCACCCAGAAGCUAGGAGAAUGUUGAGACGGUGUAUUCGAAGCGGUGUGAUCGAUGAAGACAGCGCAGCAAUAGUACGCGCGAAGUCGUGUCUUGCCGCCAGUCGUCAGGAAACGGUCGCCAGGAAAGCAGCCAGAGAUCUUUUUGCCAGCCUAUCGAACGGUGAACAGUAUAUAACUACGGCGCAGUUAGAGAGGCGUAUCCGUGAGAUAUGCAGUACUACACUUAGCAAGGAACCAGAUGACAGCGAUUCGCCUGACGAUGACUCCCCAGAGGAGGCGAGGGCUAGGGCGUUGGACGAUGGCCAUGCUCUCGAGCCUUCGCAUCUUCAGGCCGGAGACCAGGUCCACAUCAAUGGUACCAUGAGGACUGCUGACACCACGGAUGAAGAAUUACCGGAAAGAUGCGCCCCCAACGAAGAGAUCCGUAAUCUCACCGUCGACAAUUUAGUAUCGGCCGCCGUCGACUAUUGCCAAGGAGAACUGCCCUUAGUCAGCUACGAACUGACCCUAACAGACCCUAGUGUUAAGGCCCUAGACCAUAUACCCCUACUUCACCAAGCUUUCCUACACCCCAUCGUGUUCUUACAAGUGCUAUAUCUAAAACUACUAUAUUACUUCGGUAAUUUUACUUUCAGACUGACGAAUAUCCAGUUGUCGUUGCUCCUCAUAGCCUAUUUGUCAGUCAGUGCGGAUAGUUUGUACCACUUAGUACCUCUAGCGUUGUAUUACGCCAGUUUUGUAGCAAUGGUCAUAUGUACCUUCAAGAUGUUGCAUGCUAAAAGACAGUUUAUAGACUUUAGGAAGUGGUCCGGGCUUUUCCUUAGGUAUAGUGACGGGAACUUGCAACCCGAUGAGUCUGAGAACUUAUUCGUUCGUAAUAACCUCGGCCCAUUUAUUCAGUUCUUCUCCGCUUUGUUUAUUAAUUUGUUCCUUUAUCCGUUUAUAGCCACUCAAUGGGUUCCUUUUUCAGAAUUUUGUGUGCUAUCAUUCUUCUUAAUGUUCUUAACCUUGCUCUCAUUUGGGACCAGUGCAGGGAGUCCCUAUCCUGAUCUUCUCGCGCUGUUAUCGUUUGCUAUCAACGUUUUAGCGAAAUACCCUUACGAGAAAGAUACAGUUGUGCAUCAAGGCUGGCGGUUUCUCGACUUGCACGUAUCGAAUUAUCCGUCGUAUAUACUAGGGAAUAGCAUUGAGUUUUGCUUGAACGCUCGAGUGUUCUUCUCUCUGUUGAUUCCUGUUAUAUUGGUAGGAAUGGCUAGGAGGAGUGGUUGGCAAGGUUGCUUUAAAUACGCUUUACCUCAUUGCGUGACUCUUAGUUGGUUGCAGAUGUUUAUAACUUGUUCUCACGGGUGUACUACUUAUGGGCUGAUAAGGGGCACUUUCACGUUGGUUUGUUCGUUCCUGUUUUUGCCUCUAAUAGGCGUGUUAACAGUGACAUUGCCUAUAUUUGCGUUCCUGCAGUACAUAACGAUGUCUAGAGUUUUUUACACAGUGUCUGUUGUGGUCGGUUUGGGGUUGAGUUUUGGCAUUACGUGUCUCUUGGCAAAAUCUGAAUCUACCAAGAAGUUUGUUACUCCAUUCCAGCUCACGAUCGGCAUCAUAACUCUAGUGUACCUAGGCAACCAGUUCGUAGUAAACGUUCAAGAUGACGGCCUGCCAUCCGGCCUCAUCGAACUCAUAGGAGACGACAAAGCCAGCAUCAAGAACCUUCUUAAAAACGAAUUCAUUACCGACUACGAAGAUAACACUUAUCAUAUCAAUUGGGACGAUUAUUACAAUCAAUGUAACACCCCAUCUUGGUCAGAUUACAACAUGGCGGCCACGCAAAUAAAGUGCGCAAUUCUAGAUGGCGCCAACGUAAAUUGGGAGGGUUAUGUCAAAGACGUUCAAUUGAAAAAUGUUAGGAAUCGAUGGAGGGACUUCAUAGCCUGGUUGCCUGGCUUCCUGCAAGAAUAUUUUAGGUGCUACUACGGUGAGGAAUAUUCGACGUUAUGUCAAAGGGAAGAGAGUCUACAAUCGGCUAAAGAGUGCGAGUUUGUUAGAAGCGUCGCGCGUCAAAGUGGGAAGAGCUGCCAUUUAAACAAUUUGAAUGAAUACACAUAUGAAAUCAAACUCAUAAUGGAAGCGAGCGGUGGUCUUCUAAAGCGGCACUCGGAAAUAUCCAUAGUGUUCGAUCACUGCUUCAGCAAUUUCACACGAAUGUUACGCGCCGAUGACAAAAUACGCUUCAAGGGCGUUCUGUCAAACGACAAUGUACCUUAUAACAUAGGCACUAAGGACGUUAAUAUUAGAGGAUAUGAAAUACAAUGCCUAGAAUGCAAGGAGGCCAGCGGUACCGUAAGGUCGAAAGCGCCAUCUGUGUCCAAAUUCACGGAACUCUGUAAAACUAUAGCGAACGACUGUGUUGUCUCUACAAAGUAUAUUUUAAAUUUCCUGUUGAAUCCAGUGGUUGUUUUUAAAUAAAUGUUUUAUGUCUGUUUUGAAAUGAUCUUUAAGUUUUUGUGUGUUGCGUUUUAGUCAUUAGGUAGUUGAGAAUAAGGUUGAUUUUACUGUUUAACAUUGUUGUCUUUUCUGAAUGAUGAUACUCGACCGUUGAUCUAAUAUCUCUGCCUACCAUAGAUAGAUAUAAGAUUCAGAAUAUAUAUGAAAAAGUUAUGAGCUUAAUUUCGGGGUAAAAUUUUAAAGUUUUCUUAUAGUCUGUUUCAGCAUUCUGAAUUAUAGUAAUUAUCAUACAAAGUCACUAAUGAAUGUUGGAAUUUAUGUCGUUUACUUGAUAGAAACAAGCUUACUAUAAUUAUUGAAGAAACCUACAAAUACUAGGAGAUGGAAUUUGAUGACCUUUUAAGGUACCUACUUUUUAUUGUAAAACUCCUUUUUCUAGUACUAUACUUAUUGUAGACCGUGAUUGGUUAAUAAAAACACUAUAAAAAGAUAAUCAACUGCAAAGUUAUAAAAACUAAAUAAUCCUAUUGCUGUAGACACCAUAAAAUCGUGUUAUAAUUUAAAAUUUUUUAGACAUGCAUUUAAAAAGUAUUUUAAUAACUGGUUGUAUUGAGAGAAUAAUUGAUGUACCUAUUGUUAUUAAUAUAAAAAGAAGUAUUAUGAAAUAAUAUAAAUCUAUAAAAAAUAAUAAUAAUAAAGAAGAGAAUAUUCUAUGAAUCGUGUUUAGUCAUGUUAGGGUGAAGAUGUGUUUGUGACAAUAGAGACUAUAUUUGGAAUGUCUGUGUUUUAAUAAAAAAGUGAGUCAAAGGAUGA